UCCCUUACCUAUGGUAGCCACGAUUUGCCAUCGAGCAUCGACUUGAUCGAAUGAUGAAACGUAAUGUCGCGGGGUUACUGCUUUCGGUUCCCGCUUGAAAAUGACUACUUAUUCGUGCAUGAUAUGUAUCUCGUCUCAAUAGUCAGCCUAGGCGUGCACAAUCAUCCAUCAUGGUUGCUUUAUAUCAUGAAAGUCAUGUCAAUUACCCUCCACUUGAUGGAUCUCUGUCUCUCCCUGAAUUGGUGGAAUUCAAUGCGCAAAAUAACUCAGACGUCACUUUCUUUGUCUACGAAAAACCUGACAGGAAUGAUUUGGUCUCCAUCUCACACUCAGACUUCCAUCGAGCUUGUCAUCGGGCCGCCCAGGCGAUUAGGCCAGACUGCGCAGGUGCAGACAAAGAAGUGGUCGCCCUCAUCGGGAUCUCCGACACCAUUCUUUACCAGACAAUAUUCAUGGGUAUCAUCUUCGCUGGGCUAAUUCCAUUCCCCAUGUCCCCUCGUAAUUCGGCGGCGGCAGUCACGAACAUGAUGCAGAAAACAAGAUGCUGUCGUUUAAUCACGACUCAACACUCUCUUGCUUCCUUGAUCGAUGGAGUCAAAGCGGGUUUUGUGUCUCACGACCCUCAAACGAGCCAGCUCCAGAUCGACGAGAUUCCGGCGUUGAAACGCCUGUACCCCGCGCUCGCUGGUGGUACUCCAGACGGGGUCAUUGUCCCGCACUCUUCCCUAGGUUUGCCGUGGUCUAAACAUGAGGUAUUAUUCUACCUGCACUCCUCUGGCAGCACUGGCUUCCCCAAACCCAUUCCAAUAAGUAACCUGACUGCCAUACAUUGGUGCAUAACUGGAAGGUCGUCAAGUAGGCGACCUCACUAACAGUCAAACAGUUACGUGGAAGAGCGUAUGAUUGUAGAAGCGGUAAGAAAGAGAUAAGUCUCAGUACAGGAGCGUCGUACUAUAUAUAGGGAUCCGUGAAGUAAGGUGUCCAAUCAACGACGUAGAUAAGUAUAACAUGAUGCGUCAUCGCUUGCGUCAUGUGCCGCGUCAGUGUGUAGUAAGCAUCCAGCUUACACCCCUUCCUACUAUCUUUGAGCUUGUUCGUUCUCCCAGGCAUCUAGAGCCUCGCAGUCUUCUACUUCCCUCCGCGGUAACCAUUCGUCGUCUCCUUCUCCAAAGCCGACCCA